AACUGCAACAAAGGUAAAAACAAAUCGUAUAUUUUUGUCAAUUUAUCCCGUUGAUAGAUAACCUAAAUCCUGCCAGCAACAUUUCCGUUUUCACCCGUCUUUCCCAUGUCCAGUCGCGGGAAGGCACUCGUCACAACUUUCUUUGCGUCACCCGGUCCUCUUCCGCCGCUGUUGUUGUUGCACUCGGCCACCAGCUUCCAGAUUAUGUCCCGGAUCCGGUCGCACUCGCUGUUGUUGUAGAACCAGAACCCUCAGAUUCGUGACCGGCAAUCGUCCGGUACGGUACAGUAAAACGGUGGCUGGGACUGCAGCUCGAUCUGGCCGUUGAGGAACUCGACCAGCAAGUUGUGUUGAGCAAGUUCCGGAGAUUUUCCAAACCACCGUCUUAAUGUACAUCUUGGUAUGAUCUUGGCAACAAAACGUUUCUACCAAGCACAACAACAAACGCAACAAACGCGCGCAAUGUCCAAAUGUCAAAUGGCAAUGUGGAAUAAAAAGAGGUGGCGUUGUUGUGAUCGUAAACAAACCUUGAUUUCGCGUUAAUUAAUUAAUUCCUGCAGUUAAUUAAUUAAAUUAUUUGAUUUUUUUACUAUUGUCGCGACCCUCGGCCACCUCCCUGUAACGCAUAACACAAGGUCUUUUUGAAAAAUUUUAUGAGUGCUUUUUGCACCCUUCUGUCAAGUUUGUGUUGAUUUUGAUCUUGCUAAAAAAAAUUGGCGAUGCUGAUCAGUUUUUUUGUUAGAAGUUGCAAAAGGUGGUCCAUCGUCCAUUUCCGCAUCUAGUUUUUAUCGAAGGUUUCGGAUUCUCGGAAAACCGGCAGCUUCCUUAAAUAUAUAACGAUCAUAGAGGCCUUGACCGUGUUCAUCUGAACUUCCUGCUGGACCUGUUCGCCGCAGUUGCGCACUUACGCAUGUUUCUAAACGCCGUUCCGUCGAACCCCGACAUCGAGAAGGUCCUGAGCUCGGUCGGUAUCGAGGCCUACUCAACCCGAGUCACCAAGGUGGUCAACGAGCUGAAGGGCAAGUCCGUCGAGGAACUUAUCGCUACCCGCCGCGAGAAGCUCUCCUGGAUGCCGUCCGGUGGUGCUGCCCUGGCCGCUGCCGCCAAGGAGAAGAAUAGAGAAAAAGAAGGAAAAGAGUUCAAAUCCGAGGAUGAUGACGACAUGGGCUUCGGUCUCUUUGAAUGAGGGAUUUCUUCGUGGCAACAUCGCCGGAUGGCUGCUGCCGGUUGCUUUGGCGUUUUAUCCCCGAAGGCGGCAGGACAGCACUGUUCUAUGCAGUGGUUCCGAAAAUGUACAAACUAUUUAUUAAUACGAAAUAAAUGCAAAAAAGAAGGGAAAAGGUCGAUGCUAAUGGCACAAACAAAAAUUGUGCAAUUUUUGUUGUGCUUUUUUAUUCAGCUGCAUGCAAUUGUUUGAACUGAAACAACAAAUAAAGAAUCUUCUGCUUGUGUUUAUGCUUCCCACGAUCA